AUGGAUCCCCUUUCCAUCGCCGCUUCGUUGGCCGGUCUAAUCACAAUAUCAACCCAAAUCAUUAGCAUCAUCCACACCAUCAAAUCCAAGAACAACAAAGAGCUAGACUCAAUUUUCAGAGAAGUCCAAGCUGUACGCGGUAUACUAUGUCAGAUCCAACAGAUCGUACAGUUCCAGUCUACGAAGGAAACCAAGAAUUCUGAAUGGCUUGAUGCACUCAACUCUACGCUGGAUGAUUGCGGUGAUACUUAUCUCCAGCUGCAGAAGUCCUUACAAGGAUUUGUCUCGACCUCAAAACUUGCAGCGUUGAAGAAGAAGGUCAAAUGGACAUUGAAAGAAAAGGACAUUCAGGACUUAUUGAGAAAGGUAGAGAGCUACAAGCUUUCGCUGGAUUUGUUAUUAUCUGUUCAAACGAGCACAACCACAACGAAUAUCGAGGAUGUGCUCAUUCAAGUGCAGAAGAAGCUACUACUAGCGCCACCUAUCCCUUCUGCAGUUCGGACACCCUUGUCGUGGAGAAAGAAGUUGGCAGGCUUCCAGACAGAGAAUCAGACCUCUCAGACAAGCGAUUCCGAAGAUAGUUCGUCAAACUCGGAUGUAGGUGAUGAUGAUAUCUCUGCUUCGUACAUAAUUCCAGGACCGAAAACCACUGGCUGGACAGUCCCAGGGAUCUUCGGUAUAAACCAGGAUGAAGGCAAAGACGCCCCUGAUCUGAACAGCCCAAGCCUCGUUUGCAUCAGUGAAAUAUCUGUUGCCUCUAUGACCCAACCGACCGAGCGCUUCUUUGUAUCAGUGGGCAAAUGCAGCUUGAUAAUUGCCCGGUGCAACAUUAAGGGCAGUGUAUGUCCUCUAAGUCAGCUUGACGAGCGUGACGACAGAGAGCAGUUCCACCUCGCACUUGAACAGUUUGCCCUGAAGUCAAGCCCGGAUUCCCAACAGGUGCUCGUCAAUUUCGAGAGCGUACAAGACCGAGAGAUCUUCUUAGGACGUCUUGAUGCAGUAAAAUAUCUGCAGCGCAUGGAUAUGGCAUUCAUUCUGCCGAACAAGUUCUACCACCACUCGCCUUACCAGAAGCGAGUCCAACAUGUACAGAUAGGCUACGCAGAUGGUACCGAAAAGUCAUACAUCUAUCCCUAUCUAUAUCUUGAUUAUCCCGUCGACGGCGAUCUUGUCAUGCUUGCAUGCUCGACAAAACCAAAUAAUGAGGCGGCGGUGGUAUUCAAGGAAAAUAUCCUUGGGCUUGAUUUUCAGAUAGUGGGAUCCGAGGCUAUUGUAUUCACUAACCAGAGUGGAGAGGCCAUCCAAACUAUAUCCGCUACUCUCGGGUCUCUCGAUGAGCUAUUUCAUAUGUUUCAUCGAUUGAAGGAUGCCGUGAGAGAGUGGGAAUCUACAAGAAUAAACGGCGUGGAUGAAUUUAUCGUCCAGAAAGAAUGGCCAGUACAGCGCCUCGAAUUUUGGAAAGAUUCUUUGGCUGUUACAUGUUUAUUCCACAAUGUUCUCGCUGUUGUCAAAGUGGACCAUUUCCAAAAACGGAUGAAGAUGGACAUAUUGAGUGGAGACUCGCGGGAGAUAUUAGCUUCCUGUCACGUGAUGACUUCGUCUGUGCUGUUCUAUAAGGAGCAUUUCAGAAAAAACUCCCCAGACUUUUUCGUUGACCCGGUCGUUCAAGCUGGCUUUUGGGAUCUCAGAAAAGACAGUGCUACACCUGAGAAUUAUCAAGGGGGACAGGUUAAGAUUCAUGGCAACAAGGCAAAGAAGAUCUGUGAUGAACUUGAAGAUAUUGUGGAAGGGUUGAAGGGUAACACCGUUGAUGCACAGAAGAGGUUUCUGAAAGAGAUCGGGCAAGCAUAA